GAGUGAAGACAAAAUAAAAGAUUGGGGUUGAUUAGGUGAACCCAAUAAGACCAUCACAUUAAAUGAUUGCUUUAAUCCUUAGAUCUUCACAAUCUCCCUCAAUAUGUGUAUCCCCACUCUCAUUUAUAUUCUCUCCCUAGGGAACGACAAAAAGAAGUUUCUUCCUUAUCAAACAUUCAUUCAUUCAUCACCUCUCUCUCUCUCUCAAAAAGAAAAGAAAAAACACAAGGUGCAUGAACUUAUCAAGUCACCACCAUAAACAAUCUAUUUACUAAUAUGGGAUGGAUCAUAGGACUAUGUUCUUUUAUGAGUAUUUUCUUAGUAUCUUGGUGGUUUUUAUGUAAGAAGAAGAAAGAGGAUAAUAGAGUGAUGAUGAAGAAUAAGAAGAAGAAAGGAAAAGUUCCAAAAGGAAACAAAGGUUGGCCUUUACUUGGAGAGACUCUUGAUUUCAUUGCUUGUGGAUACACCUCUAAUCCUCUUAGCUUCAUGGAAAAACGCAAGUCUUUGUACGGAAAUGUGUUUAAGACAAACAUAUUAGGAAGUGGUGUGAUUGUGUCAACGGACCCGGACAUUAACAGAGUGAUUCUACAAAAUCAAGGCAACAUUUUCAUCCCUGCUUAUCCAAAAUCAAUAAGAGAACUAAUGGGAGAAAACUCUAUACUUCAAAUGAAUGGAAACAUGCAUAAGAAACUUCAUUCACUCCUUGGAGGCUUCCUUCGUUCUCCACAAUUCAAAGCUCGAAUCACAAAAGAUAUUCAGCAAUGUGUUAAACAAUGUUUAGCUACUUGGACUCAUCACCAACCAAUAUACAUCCAAGAUCAAGUUAAAAAGAUUACAUUUACUAUUUUGGUGAAAGUUCUGUUGAGCAUUGAUUCCGGUGAAGAUUUAUCUAUAUUGAAAAGAGAAUUUGAAGAGUUCAUCAAAGGAUUAAUUUGCUUGCCCGUUAAGUUUCCCGGAACAAGACUAUAUAAAUCCUUGAAGGCUAAGGAGAGAAUGAUGACGAUAGUGCAAAGGAUAAUAGAGGAAAGGAAUGGUGAUAAUAAACAUAAGGAUUGUGUGGCAAAUGAUGUAGUGGAUGUACUUUUAGAGGUUAAUAAAGGUGAGUUGAAGAAGAUGAGUGAGAAUAUAAUUGAGAUGAUGAUUCCUGGGGAAGAGACUCUUCCUACUGCCAUGACCAUGGCUGUUAAGUUUCUUAGUGACUCUCCUCAUGCUCUAUCCAAAUUAGUGGAAGAGAACAUGGAAUUAAAGAGGAACAAGAGUUGUUCUGACGAUUAUACAUGGACUGAUUACUUGUCACUACAAUUUACUCAAAAUGUAAUCAAUGAAACUCUUAGAAUGGCAAAUAUUGUCAAUGCCAUUUGGAGAAAAUCUAUCAAAAAUGUAGAUAUUAAAGGAUACCUAAUUCCUAAGGAUUGGUGUGUUGUGGCAUCUCUUACAUCAGUUCAUUUAGAUGCCAUGAACUAUGAAAAUCCUUUUGAAUUUGAUCCAUGGAGAUGGGAGAAAAUUGAAGCUGGGACUAGAAACAACUGUUUUACACCAUUUGGUGGAGGACAAAGAUUAUGUCCAGGGAUAGAACUCUCUAGACUAGAGCUCUCUAUUUUCCUUCACCAUCUAGUUACAACUUACAGAUGGGUUGCUGAGAGGGAUGAAAUUAUUUACUUUCCAACGGUUAAGAUGAAAAAGAAACUCCCAAUUAGUGUGACACCACUAACACUUGAUUAAAUUAGUAAAUAGAAUAGUAAUUAUUGUACAGUGUUAUAAUGUAUAUUUAUUUUUGAAAACUUAGUAUAAUAAUAGAUUAAUUUAAGAGAAUCAAUGGGGUGGCUAGCCCUACAUGAAAAGGUGCUAUGUAUUUUUGCAUUA